ACCCGCCUUCCCAGGAUGCAGCAACAGGUGGAGACCCUGUGCUCCUCCACCGCCGGCAACUCCAGCAUGCACAGGGAGGCAGGAGCCCUCCUUGUGGACAUUGAGACCCUAGAGGAGACGCAGACUCGGAGCCUGGGCGGGCCUGUCAGAUCCUCGAAGCAGUACCUGCGUCAGGUCAUUGCAGAAUACGAGGCGCUGGACCGAGAGCUACCAUGCCUCCGGAGGUUUCCCACACCACCCGCUGCCCAGCCUCUCUGUCUGUGCAUGGAGACCUCACCCCAGGAGGACUUUACCCAUCUGGAGGUGCUGGAGGCUCUGGAGGCCGAGUUACCCGGAGCCAUGGAGAGCGGGCGCGUGACCAGUAUCCGUUUUGAAAAUACGAACGUCAUCUGUGGGACGGCGGGGUGCCGGGACAGGUGGCUCAUCACGGUCGCGGACUUCCAGACUCGCUCGCGUCUGCUGCGCUGCGGCCUCCGCCUCCGCGGGCUCGAGCACCCGCUGGUGCGCCACGACGAGCUGCUGCUGGCCGAUUACCGCCUGCACCUGCGCCGCUCCCUGGUCCGGCGGCGCAUGCUCGAGGCCCUGGGGGCGGAGCCGACCGCGGAAGUCUAA